UGAUAUGUCACGAUUUCGAAUUAUAUACAGUGAAUUAUUUUAGCGUGACUUCGAAUUUAUGUGUAAAAUAUAACGUUAUGAUUAAUUACACCUUUUCGUGUAAUUCGGUUUAGACCGUUAGCGAUGGCAACACUGCUGUCGCUGUUAUAAAAUAAUAAACAAAAUCAAGAAGAACUCUCUUCUGAUUGUGUACUGAUCGAGACCAGACGUCUAAUUGAUUAGCAGCUGUGAGAAAAACCCCCCCGAAAGUGCUUUUCCAAGAACAAUAUAAAAGUAAAACCCUUACCCGCAAAGCAGUUGAAAUCCGCCCGGUUUUAAAAAUUUAUUAGCGGCGACGAGGAAAAGUGAGUGAGCAGCGGAAUACCUUCGGUUUUUUGAUGACCGAAUAGUGGAGUGAAUCCUGAUAUUCGCCAGCCAUUGAAAGAGGAGCAGGUGAUUAAUCCGCUGACCAGCGUGUGGAAAGUGUGAAGCGCAUUUUGUUCAUCAGCCAUCGGUGAUCCUUGCGGCGAUCGACAUUCGGUAGUGACCGGGCAAAUUUGAUCCAGCUCUUGUUCAUCAAUUACCGGCGAUCGUACGUUGAGCUUCUGGGUGGAAAUCCGCUGUCCGGCGCGUGGAGAGUGAGUAGGAACUUUGUACAUCAAGGUCGAGCGGCAGCAAUCGGAUCCUUGGAACGGCGGUGGAGCAUUUACGUUGUUCCGCCCGGAGACGUUAGGAAUUGUACGCCUGGUGGUUCGGUGCAACUGCCGAUUGGAAGUGUACAGGGUGAGCGAGCCGCAUCGAUCGGAUAUUUGACAAAAUGUCGUACACGGUGACUCCCAACAUGGAACCUUAUCGAAAGGGUCAAUCCUUCGCCACCUGGGUUAGGCGGUUGGAAAUACAUUUCCGGGUUAACAAGGUGGAUGCUGGGCAGAAGAAAGACCAGAUGUUCCUCCUUGGUGGUGAUUAUCUAUUUUGUGUAGCUGAAAAGCUUUAUCCCACAGAGGUUGCCUUGGAACAAGUGACUUAUGAUGAUUUAGUACAGAAGCUUAAGGAGAAGUUGGACAAAACCGAGUCGGUUUUGAUCCAGCGGUACAAUUUUGGGAUGAAAAUUCAACAACCGGGUGAGUCAGCUAGUGACUUUAUCUUUUCACUCAAGCUACUGGCAGAACAUUGCGAGUUUGGAGAACAGAAAAAUCGUCUUGUCCUGGACCGCAUCCUUGUUGGUCUUACCGAUACUAAUUUGAAGCAUCGCAUCCUUACGGAGGAUAGCGCCAAAUUGACUUUAGCUCAGGCUGAGCAAAUAAUCACUACCUGGGAAAUGGCUGCCACACACACAAAAGCUCUGGCGAAUAAGGAGGAAGUCGGUUUGGUAGCAUCGCUCAACAGCAGAUACCCAUUAACUGGAGGGCGAGGAGCUGUUACCCAGAGGAUAAAGGAGUUAUCACAAGGUUUUCGUCGUUCAGUGAAGAGCCGGCUUGGUGUUCGACCCGAGUUACGCCCGGAGGAAGAUCGUCAACAUCGAAUUCGUUUUCCAUCUCAGCGCCCCAGUUAUCGAGAUUCGUCUGCUGGUCCGUCCCACCGGCAAUACAAAACGGACAACCAGAGGUGGCCAGUUGAUCAGCGAGUUUGCGAUUUCUGCGGUCGUAGAGGGCACGUGCGAAGGAAAUGCUUUCAAUUAAAGAACGACAAGGAGGAGACUGUCAACCACGUCGAGGAGCCGCAGCCAUCGACCAGUACAACCAGCUUGGCUAACCGUCUGAGCAGAUUGAGGACUUUGGAUCAGGAUUCCGACGACAGUGAUUCAGAUCAUGGUUGGAAGCGAGGCAACGACAACCGCACAUCCAACGCAGAUCAAAUUAAAGAUGGACAGAAAGCGUCGCACCAACCGGGACCGUCGAUGCGGGUGGUCAAGGCUGGUCGGUCGAUGCUGACUGCUACGGAACCCGUGAUGCCAACCCCUGAUACCGAACGUGAUGUCGGGCAAAUCCCAGAACGGAACGAGAAUGAAGCAAGAUCAAAUCCAAAUCGAAUUGAUGGUUCGUCAGAUAAAGUGUUAGAAGAAGCCGGAAGCGUAAAAUUCCGUCUGAACAGGUAA